AACAACUCACAGCAGACAACAACCUGUUAUCUACCACCUUUUAAACCAAUUUCUUCACAAUCUUUAACAACAACAUGGAAACGACACAGGAAAGCCAAGAAGAAUGUAUCCUAGAGAAACCGGAGGUAUCCAUUCUAAUGGUGGGCUUAGAUGAAGCCGGCAAAACCACUUUGCUUUACAAAUUGAAACUUGGUGAUGGUGAUCUCACCACAAUACCCACCAUUGGUUACAAUGUGGAGACAGUGGAAUUUGAAGAUAAAAAUUAUACAUUUUGGGAUAUUGGUGGCCAUGAAACUGUACGUGUUUUAUGGAAAUUCUAUAAUGAAAAUAAAGCUGCUGUAGUUUUUGUUGUCGAUGCUUCGAAUUCAGAGCGUUUUGCCCUGGCUAAAGAUUUUCUACACACAGUCAUGUCUGAUGAGGAUUUGAGUAAUGCAAUGUUAUUGGUGGUGGCGAAUAAACAGGAUAAGCCAAAUUGUGACAGUGUCGAAGAUCUGAAACAACAAUUGGACUUAAAGAGUCUAAAGCAACCAUGUAGCCUUAUUAAUACUAGUGCCUUUGAUCGCGCGAGUCUUACCGAUAUUAUGGUGCAUUUAAGAGAUAUGAAUUUAUUUUAAAAUGUCCACCUACAUAAAUUAGUUAUAAGGAAAUAUGUAUAUUUAAUUUAUAUUGAAAAGUGAUUUUAAUUAAUAAUCGUUGAAAAUGUUAAACAAAAUUAAAUAUAAAGUUAUUGUUUAUUGACAGUGCAACAAAAAUGUGAAAAUGCUAGCUUGAUAUUUUGCCCAUUUUAAAUAUUGAACCGUUUGAGGUGCAAUUUACCACCGGUGUUUUCUGAAAUUAUGCCCGUAAUUUCAACAAAUAGAUAUCUUUCAGGGCUUAGUCACUUAUGGUGUAAAAAUAUUUGGUAAUUUUACCCAUAGAUAUUGAUUUGAAAUUAAUGUCAAGUUACCUUUUAGGAAAAUUUAUCUGCUGGGUAUUUUACUCCGUAGAUAUUUAUUUGUUGAAGUUACGGGCAUUAGUAAUUUAGUUAAAUUUACCUAAAGCUAAUAGUAUGAAGAAAGAAAAAAUAAUGUUAGUAGGUAUAAUUUUUAUGCAAUUAAAAAAAUGCUACUGAAAAAUUACUACCUGACCACUUUAUUUGCCGAGUGGUUAACGUUUAAAUGCCAGAUUAAUUUCAAUAAAUAUGUUUAUUAUAAUUU